UAAGAGAGAAGGGAAAGUAGCAACGCCCCUCGUUUGUGCUGCCCGGAACCGGGCCUGGGCAGCGCUGCGGAGCUGUUGGCUGCAGAUGCGGUUACUUCGUUCCCGAGGCGUAGCACCCUUUUGCAAAGCGUUCUAUCUACAACGCUUUCACAAGCUUCAGCCUUGGGCUUGUGCUCGGCAGCUUCUUGUUGGUUGUGCGAAGAAUGGGGCUCGUCUGGUAAAAACCCUUGCAGAAAGUCCUCUGACUAAUGUUAAUUUCUGAGUACGGGCUUUCAAAUGAGCAACAAUGAGUGGAUGCUGUUAGCUCCGUCCCAGGAAUACCGAGAACACAUCCAUAGGAUGGAGUCAGAGCACCUCAGGUUGCGUCGGGCCAACCAGGACCUUCUACAAAGGCUCAGAGUGAAGCAGGAGGAGAUAAGAAAAAGUCUUCCCAGCAAGCCACUUCUUCCAGCAUCUCUUUGUAAUAGAGCAACCAUUGAAGCAUCUGUCCCCUUGCCCAAGAGAGGGAAGGAAAAUCAAGUUGAUCGUGUGUUCACACAGCACAAUCCUGCAACAUUGGUGUCUGUGGAACCCAGAGCUUGCACAGCCAGAGCAGCCCUCUGUUCAUCACUCAAACACAGCAGCAAUGACAGAGGGGUGCAGCAACAAACGAAGAUUCAGGAAUCAGUUUUGCAAUCCUGCUUUCCUGGUAAAGAGAAAAAUCUUACACCUGUGUCUGCAAUCACUACAUGUGAUAGAGAAACUUGCAAAGUGGUUGGGGAUAGCCAUGCUCAAGGAAGUGCAGAGGAAGACUCAUGCCAUCUGGGAUGUGGAAAGAACAGAAGACAGACCACUCUUCCACAUGGUUCCAGUGAGAAGAAUGAGCUUAGGGGUCAUUUGGACCCAUCAGCAAAUAAAGUACAAAGUGAAGAGACCUCCAAAGAAGCCACAACACCUAAAUCAAUCCUGCUGACAUCUCAGUCCAAAGAAUUGAAGAAGGAAGGUGGUCGUGUGACUUUUCAAGCUGAACCUGAAGAAUGUACUGUGCCUGUGAGUAGCUGGUCCAUGCGUCCGUUCCUGGGCUACGACUGGAUUGCAGGUCUUCUAGAUACAAACUCUUCAGUAGCAGAAAAAUCUGAUCAAUAUUUUGCUGAGCUCCACGAGUUUCGACAGGCCAACAAAGAAGCAUGUAUCUCUGAGCAGCACAUGGAGACCGAGCCUCUGGAAUACAUAAUUCCUGAACAAGAUUUGAUAGCCAGUUCCCAUAAAUGUGUUUACUGUUACCGAUUAAACCAGCGCCUCUUUCCUGUCCCUAUGGAUUCAGAUUCUGCCUGUCCUGUAUGUAAGGUCCCACGUACCCACCAGCCCCCAGAGACACUGGAAGAGCCAGCCUAUGUCAGGGUCAGCAUUCCGAGGUCUACUCUUAUGCCUGCCUACAAAUACAAAGCUCACUGCAGGAAAAGCUUUGAACCAGCAGACAGCCUAGCGUUACCUUCGCAUUGCCUGGUUGGCUGGGAAAAUACCAUUCCUUCCAGUGACCCCGCAGUCAGCAGCUUGGAUCUGCAAGCUUCAUUGAAAGAGAAACCUCACCAUUCUCAUCUGAACCUGGUGUCCAGAGUGUCAGGAGGAACCAGAAUUGACCAGCUUCUGAACCUGACCUACUCAACACUCUUCAGAUUAAGCAGUGCUUCUCACAGAGGGACCAAAACAAACAUGGACACUGCAGAGCAGCUUCACUUUUAAAUACUACUGCCUCAACUGUGGACCCCUGACUUGUUUCCACUCCCUGCCCCCAUCCCUUCCCCAGGGCCAACAAGUUAAUUUCUUUAAAAAUAAAUCCUCAAACGAGGAGAUUUUUUUUCCUAAUUUUCGUAGUGCCAUACCUCUAUCAGCAAGCAAUCCACUUACUUCAACGUACAAACUCAUGGCUUUUCACUUUGCACAUUUUGCAGCUACUUCUAAGCAGGUGCAUGAGCUUUCCUACCUAAGGAUUUAUAAAGAGACGUGGACUGGACCACUAGCAGAACAGUAGCAACAGAUGUGUACAGGGUUCAUCUGCCAUUUCAGUUAAGCAAAUCAGAAAUGUAGUGUUAUCUGAGAAUGCUAGGGCAAGGAAUUAGCUUAUGGAUGGCCACGUUCAAUGGGAAGCAUACAAAUAUGCUUAUUUUCAGACACGUGAAGCAUAACAAAUGCAAAUCACUACUGCCUUAAACUUGAGAUACUCAACAGUGUAGUUAAAAAAUCCAGUUUAUCUUCAGUUCAGUGUCUGUAGCUACAGGGUACAUUACAGAGUCAUUAUAAACUUGGAAAAGCACAUUUUAUUACUCAAAAACCUAGAAAAUGCCUUAAGAUAUUUGCAAGUUACACUUACCUCUACUUUUCCAAGGUUUUUGGAGGUUAGCAAAAAAUCUUUGUGGAGAACAGUUUAAGAGCAAAAGCAGUAUGUUCUGUAUGGUAUGAUUUGCUUGAACUUCGUGGUAUGAUCUUUUCUUAUCUAAAAAUGAUAAAACAGACGUCAUGUUUUGUCUCCAGUAAUCCUGAAAGAUGAAUUCCUCUCCUAAGAAUUCUGGAAGUUAUUGUGUAAUCUUGACUUGUAAUUGCAUUCAUAAGCUUUAAAUCAAGUUUAUUGGUGAGAGCAAACUUCACAGAGAGCUUUGGGUUUGCACCAAUAUUUUCAGCUUCUCGCUGUUCGGUGUUAAUUAAUUAAUGUACCCAAUACUUUCUAAAACAAAUGUAUGAUCAGACUUUUUUAAGCAAGGGAGCAGUGUUACAAGUGUAUGAAGUGUUACUGCGUGACUGGAAUGGAAAGCGAAUGGCAUGACUGACUAGUUUUAUUUGGGUUGAAUAUUUAGGGUAAAGUGAAAGGAAUUGGUCGCAUUCUUUCCUCUAAAGCACAAUCCCAAGCUCUCUCUCCCUCAGUAAUGUUUUUUACUGUGUUCAUACAUGCUCUUUCAGAUGGAGCUUCCCAGAAGUACUCAGUCUUAAAAGUAUAUCUACUGAGAUAGAUAGAUAGAAGUGAUCAUCUGAGCUGUCCCAUGUGCACUUAUUGCUAAUAAAAAAUUCACUUUCACAG